AUGGGUGGCUACUUAUCAACGUUUACGAAGCUUAUAUGGGCGAAGAAGGAGAUACGGAUAUUGAUCCUUGGACUUGACAACGCUGGCAAGACGACAUUACUAUACAGGUUGAAGAUAGGAGAAGUAGUCACAACGAUACCCACGAUAGGUUUCAACGUGGAAUCAGUAACAUACAAGAAUCUCAACUUCAAUGUCUGGGACUUGGGAGGCCAAACCUCGAUCCGCCCUUAUUGGCGCUGCUACUACGCCAACACAGCCGCUGUGAUCUUCGUCAUCGACAGUACCGAUAUCGAGCGUCUGACCACCGCCUCCGAAGAACUGCGUGCCAUGCUCAACGAGGAAGAACUGCGCGACGCCGCGCUUCUCGUCUUCGCGAACAAACAGGAUCAGCCCGGCGCAAAGGGUGCAGGCGAGAUCAGCGAGGCGCUACGGCUGGGCGAUCUCAAGGAUAGAAAUUGGAGCAUUGUCGCGUGUAGCGCUGUCGAUGGAAGUGGUGUACAGGAGGGCAUGGACUGGCUGGUGAGCAACGUGGGAGACGGCCAGAGUUGA